AUGUUGAACCUACAAAACAGCCUCUCGCAUCUACAACUGGUGCCUCAUGGCAUACUUGCCGUCAUUGGUGUCGGGGUUACCUUCAUUCUGCUCACCUACCUCACGUCAACAAUCCAAGGCGCCCGAAUCGCGCAUCGAAAGCCAAAUGGCAGCCAACCACCAACAUUACCAUAUCUCAUCCCAGUGCUAGGCCAUCUGCCCGAAUUCCUGAGUAAUACCAAGAAGUUUAUGGCGAGGGUAACGGCACAGUAUGGACCAUCUGUCCCGGUGCAGGUACGCCUUCUCACCAGGCGCAUGAGCAUCUUGAAAGGCGCGCAAAACGUCACGGCACUCUUCAGAAGUUCGCGCAAACUCGAAAGCGAGCGCUGGCUAGUGCAAGUCUUGAUCAAUGGGUUUGGCGUUGAGCCCGCCGACACGCCGUUCUACUUGGCUGAUGAUACUGGGGUUGGUCUACAACCAGAUCCCAAGAGCACCAUGAGUAAUCCGGAGCACCGCAUCUUCUUUCUUGUGUAUAGAUCAGCUCACGGUGGGCUAACAGGGCAUAGUCUUGAUGCCCUGCUGGCAAGGUUUGUUCAAAAUCUGUCUACUAAUAUUGUGGGAGCAUCGGAUAUUAAGGAUGAGUGGACUGAGCUACCGGACAUAUACGCACCGUGUGUUCGUAGCAUGGCUUGGAGAGCAUCGGUUGGGUCAAUUUUCGGAUCGCACAUUUUGAAGUUCAUUCCCACCAUUGAGGAGGACUUUUGGUCGUUUGACAGUCACUUGCCUCCGUUGCUCAAAGAGAUACCUCGUUGGCUGGCACCAGAGUCGUACCGGGCAAGAGAUAAAUUGAGAAGCAAUUUCAUAAAAUGGGAAGCGUCUGCGGCAGAGAAAUACGCCGAACAAGGACUUGCGCAUGAUGAAAGAGAGUGGGAGGAGUAUUUUGGCUCCAAGAUGAUGAGGACGAGGCAUCAGUUCUUUAAAAAGACACCGCUGAGCAAGGAGUCUGUUUCUGCGGAAAACCUCGGACUGAUGUGGGCAUCGACAGCAAAUAUUGUUCCAGCAACGGCAUGGAUGCUGUUGGAGGUUCUCCAGCGUCCAAAACUCCUCCAAGAAAUUCGGCGAAUUAUUCACCCCUACGUGUCAUGGGAUCCAUCAGACCCAACACAGACCAAGGUUGACAUUCCUGGCCUCUGCAACCUGCCGCUUCUACAGUCUUUGUAUGCCGAAGUGUUGAGGGUGCACACCGGAAGUGUCAUCAGCAGGAUCCCAAACUGCGACGAUUUCAACCUCGGCGGUUGGAACUUUGCCAAAGAUCAACCCAUAAUAGUGUCAGCGUAUCACGUCGGCCGCGACGAGACUGUUUGGAACCAGGGCACGGCAGAGGAUCCCCAUCCCCUUGACGUAUUCUGGCCAGAGCGAUUCAUCGUGUACCCGGAUGAUCCCCAUAGCGGUCCUGUUUUGAAGUCCAAACGGCAGGAACAAUAUGAGAAGAAGGAUACGGCGCCGAGAUUCUCGCUUGAUGGAACGGCUGGGGCUUGGGUUCCUUAUGGCGGAGGAGCGAGGAUGUGUCCGGGGAGACAUUUUGCAAAGGCGGAAAUGAUUGUCGCAACGGCUCUAUUUUUAACGGCGUUUGACAUUGAGUUGCUUACGGAUAAGGAUUCUUGGAUUCAGCCAGAUUUGAAGUAUUUCAUGUUUGGGGUUAUGCAUCCAGAAGGCAAGAUUCCAGCGAGGAUUCGAAGACGAAAAGGUUCACAAUAA